AUUGGCUUUCUCAACCUCGACUAGAACAGUCAGUGGGAAGAUAUGUAAAUCCAAAGGUGAGGAGAGUGCAGGAAUAUGCAGUGGAUGUAACCCUGGACCCUCUCACCGCUCACCCCCGCCUGCUCAUCUCCGACGACGGCAAGCAGGUGCGCUGCAGCGACCGCUACCAGCCCGUGCUGGACGUCCCCGAGCGCUUUGACCGCGUGGUCUGCGUCCUCGGGCGCCAGGCCUUCACUUCGGGACGCCAUUACUGGGAGGUGGAGGUGGGUGGGAAGACGGACUGGGACCUGGGCGUGGCUAGCCACUCCAUCAACAGGAAAGGGAAGAUCACAGUAAGCCCCGCCCACGGCUACUGGUUCCUGAGCCUCCGGGAUAAUAAUGACUACGCGUUCCGAACUGAACCGUCGACAGCGCUGGGCCUCAACCAGAAACCCAACCGGAUAGGGAUCUACGUAGACUGCGAUAAGGGACAGGUGUCGUUCUAUAACGUGGACGCUAAGAUGCUCAUUUAUACGUUCACCGACAGCUUCUCAGAUGCCAUUCAUCCCUUCUUCAGCCCAUGCACCAAUAAGUCUGGCAGGAACGAGGCGCCGCUCGUCAUUUGUCCUGUCUCGAUGCCUCUGGCCGACUGAGAUGGGUUUGAGUUUUUUUUAAGUCUGUCCUUGUUCAAUGUCCUUCACUGAUCCAAUAGGACGGGACUGGAUAGGUCAAAGCAAUAUUGUAGAAGCUAUAGCUGGAGCACCCAGUUUUCUCAUGUCAACAAAGGGAAGUGAACAAGGCCAGAAGAGAGGGAGCAAUUUUCUGGAAUGAAAUAGUCUCUUAGAAACCUUUAGUGGAUUUUGGAAUGAGUCCAUUCAUAAUGACCUCCUGUGUUCUAUGGAGCUGACCAAUGGAUACUCUGGAUACAGAGUCUGGAUUGGACUGAUCAUUCUGACCAACUACAGUCCAUCAGUCUGAGAAUUAAGGAUUUCACCAUCUGUCCUUAUCAUACGAUGGAUUAAUCUGUCUACCUGGGGUCAUAUGUGUCCCAAAUGGCACCCUAUUCCCAUAUAGUGUGCUACUUUUGACAAGAGCCCUAUGGGCCAAAAGUAUUACAAUAUUAUAGGGAAUAGGGUGCCAUUUGGGAUACAACCACAGUCAUACAAAUCAAACAUAUGACUUGUUACUUACUACAAUGCAGUUUUUGAAGGAUAUCCACAAUAAACCAAAUGUGGACUAUGUGGACUGGGAGCAACCGAAUAAGACACAGAGACAAACACAAAACAUUAGGAACACCUGCUCUUUCCACGACAUAGACUGACCAGGUGAAUCCA